AUGAGGUCCGCUUCUAGACUCAAAAAGAACAGGGAGCGACUAGCUUGUACAGCAUGCAGACAAAGGAAGCUCAAGUGUGACCGUGAAAGUCCCUGUGGCAGCUGUAUUCGAAGGAGAGAUGUUCCAUCCUGCUCCUACGACGUUUCAAUCGAUGACAGUCUCCGCCACACACAGGCCCAAGCACGUCUUGAGCAUCUAGAGCAUCUCGUCGGGUUACUCGCCCAACAGCGUUCAACUACCACUAUUGGGGUUCAAUAUGGCACUCCGGCUGAUGAGUUGCUACACGAUUCGGACACUGCGGAACGCACAAUCGCAUCGUCGUCUUCUCGCUCCAACCAGGCUGGAAGCGGUGCAACACAUUGGUCAGCUAUGCUGGAUGACAUACAAGCUCUCAGGUCUACACUUGAUCCUGUUGAGGACAGUGAUAUAGAUGUAGGAUACACAAAUGCUCCUCUGGCAGACGUUGGAAUGGGAAUAGAUGUCAUGUUCGGCGCUGGCCUUUCACAAACCGUCACGAUCGAACAAGUACUCAAUACAUAUCUCCCAUCGCGGAGGAGUACCGACCGCCUCGUAUCCACAUAUUUCCGUGUUCGGUUAUACAUCACGCCAUAUAUACAUUCGGCGCAAUUUCAGAGGCAGUACGAGGCUUUCUGGAGCGAUCCUGGCGCAGCCUCGCCGCUUUGGAUAUCGAUCCUCUUUUCAAUGCUGUUCAUCUCCGCCAACAUAUCCCGAACGGGUAAAGAAAAAGAGAUACCAGGGCAUGGAUUUACAGUUGCUGCCGCCCAGUGUCUUGCUCUGGGCGAUUACUUCCGCCCCAAGGCCUUUUGCUUUGAGGCACUCCUGCUUUAUCUUCAUUCACGCUUCAUCACUUGCUUGGAAAUAUCUCCAGAUAUGGGUGCUCUUCUUAGCGUGCUUGCCCAUAUUGCCAUGAUUUCAGGCUAUCACAGAGAGAGUAGCGUCCCAAGUCUUAGUCCCUUCACAGCAGAGAUGCGACGCAGGGCAUGGAGUUCGUUCAUGCAGCUUGAUCUUCUGGUAUCAUUCCAUCUGGGUGUUCCGUCGAGAAUCACCUUAGCAGUCUCAGACACACGAGCUCCAAGUAAUCUUCUCGACUCUGAUUUUGAUGAACAGAGCGUUCAACUGCCCUCUUCACGACCGGACUCUGAGUUGACUGGUGUAACAUUUUCCAUUCUCAAGCGCAAGUUCAUGAAGAUAUUUGACAAGAUCCUUCAACAUGCGCUGGUAAAUCCUUCACACGAGACAAUAGACGCUCGCAUUGACUCUUUGGAUACCGAACUCAAGCAUUUAUACGAGAGCUUGCCGGAAUUAUAUCGACCUCGGCCAAUCGAGAAUUGUAUAGUCGACCUUCCUCAACUUAUCGUCGCUCGUCUUUGUAUCUCUUCUAUUUACUACAAAAGCCUAUGUGUUCUUCAUCGUCCACAUGUAACAAAACAUCGAGAUAAGAGCAUUCGAGAAUGCUAUUCAGCAUCAUCUGCCCUAGUUACUGACCUCCUACAAGUCUAUGAGGAGUGCAAGCCUGGAGGCCAACUAGCUACUGAGGAGUGGUUCAUGAAGAGUAUCACCUGGCAUGACUUCUUAUUAGGUGUAACCACAUUGUGUCUUGUGGCCCAUGCAACCAACCAAACCAAGGGGGAAUUUCAUAUUGAUCAACUGGGUGUACAGGUUCUGUUGCAAAGGGUCAGAACAAUGAUUCAAACUGAAAAAUCAGAAGAUGGAUCAAGGGCUCGAUCCAGAGCUAUAUCGAUAGUGGAAGCUACAAUUUCUCAUCUAAGAGCGCGACGAAACAGCGAUGGUAUGGAAAUAAUGGCCGAUGUGCAGGCGUCACCAAGUGUGACUGAGGGAUGUAGGUGGGAAUUGGGGGAUGCCCAGCAACACGAAACUAAUUGGGGCCAUCUCAACGAUCUGUUUGAUACCUCUCAUCAUGAGAUAUUCACCACAUCGGAAGUAUAA